AUGGCUGCCAAGUCCAUCCUGGCUUUGAAGCAGGCUGAAGAGGUGAUCCGGGGCAUCCUGAUGCAGGUGGUGUACACUGAUUUUGGGAACAUGAUCCUGGUGGUGGUGACCCAGUAUGGCAAGAUGGGGACCUUCGUCUCCGUCGAGCCCAACAUGGUGGUGGACAACGUCAGCAGCCCUUUGCUCACCACCAAAGUACUCCUUGGCAAAGAUGAGCCUCUCGUGCACAUUUGUGCCAAACAUCUCAUGACCUCGGUGUCUCAAGAAGCCAGGAAUAAGCCCGUUCUCUUAGCCAUGGUUUUGAAGGAUAAAAGCAUGGAGGGGGUCUGGAUGCUCCAGGAGAUGAUCCGUCAAUGCUGA